AUGUCACACGCGACAAAGCAGCUCCGUAAGGCUGCGCGGAUUAUCUUGAUUGGCGCACCGGGAGUAGGAAAAGGAACACAGUCCGAGCGACUGCUAGCCCGAUUCCCACAGCUAGGUUCGAUCAGCUCCGGUGAUCUGUUGAGAGAGAAUGUGCGCCGACGCACACCCCUCGGCCUGGAAGCCGAGGCCGCAAUGCAGUCCGGAAACCUUGUUCCUGACUCAAUGAUCUUGAACUUGAUCUCCAAUGAUAUGAAAUCCAAGGGCUGGCUCCUCCCAUCCGAAUCCUCAGCACUAUCCUCAACAUCCGCAUCAUCUUCUUCUCCGGCCGUUACUUCCUCCUCGGCUCAUUCACUCAAUUCCUCUGCCUCGUUUAUCCUCGACGGGUUUCCCCGCACCGCAACUCAGGCAAUAUCCCUAGACAGCCUAGUACCGGUCAACUUCGUCGUGCACCUCAUCACCCCACCAUCGGUGAUCCUCUCUCGCAUCGCAUCCCGCUGGGUCCACGAGCCCUCAGGGCGUGUGUAUAACACAGACUUCCACCCACCGAAGGUGGCAGGCAAGGACGAUGUCACGGGCGAGCCCUUGACGCAGCGAGAGGACGAUUCCCUCGAUACAUGGAAGCAGCGUUUACAGAAGUUUGAAGAGACGAGCAAAUGCCUCCUGGAGCACUAUGACCGUCUGCAGUGUCUAUUCCGUGCGGAGGGUAAUAGCUCCGACGAAAUCACCCCAAAGCUGUUUGCUGAGAUUGAGCGACGGUUUUGCUAA